CCAAUAUGGGAAGCAGGAUGGUGAGAAGUAUGGUCUUCAGCCAGUUAUUGUUUCGGCUCAUGAAACCUAUGGGGUCAACACCUUGACACUUUCGCCCGAGUCCUGCUACAUGGAUCCAGCGGGUCAGAACCUCAAUGAUUACAAGGUCGCUGCACUUGCUCUUCAGGACUUGCGCCGUCAGGGCGGCGAUCUUCCGGCUAGAGCGGGAAUGAAGCGUGCUAGGGCUCCUUCUACCGACAAGCCUUUGCAGGACAACGUUCGCGAUCUUCUUUCUGGCAUGGACUCUGUGAGACCAUCUCGCCAGAUGCCGGUCCGCUCCUUCUCCGAGGAGAGUUACAAACGGCUCUGUUUCUCGGUGGAAGACGCUCGGCCUGCAAUCUCGUCCCUCCAUCCUGCCAUGGGUGGCAUCGGUGGUCCCGGGAUGUGGGAUGGGAUUCUUUGCUAAGCAGUUGCGAUUAUCAUUCGAAAUAUCCUUUACGUUACGUCACGUCCGCAUCUAGCAGCACAUUUUUAUCUACUACCUGCCUUCGUGACAAGCUUAUAAUUCCAUAUGUUCACUUGGGGAAAAAUGGAAGGCGGCGCGCUGGAGUUAAGUUUUGCAGUCCAACCUUGGAAACAUCAAGCUAGACGGCUUAGAUGGGGCACCCAAGGGAACAGGCUAAAAGCACUUUUUUCAUGCAUUAUCCUGGAUCUGGGAAAUGGCAUUGGGAUGGUUGGGCUUGUGCUUUGUUUUACCUUUUUGCGCUGGCGAACCGGUGGUUGUAGUUUAGUGUACGAUGAGGAGCGGUGGUUGUAUCCGGUUGUUGUGCUUACAGUCUUUUUUUUUCUUUUUUUUUCUUUCCCUUUCGUUUAUCUGGCACGAUGAUAUCCGCGUCUUCUGGACGCUUGGCGAAUUUAGGGCAUGGGAGGCAAGCACAUGGAACGUCCUUUAUGAACAUAAUGGAUCUGGAGGAGCAUAUAUCUUUACAACUGCAACCAGGAGCAGGGCGCAAAGGCAGCGCAUACGAACAAACACAACAGAGAAACCUUGGCUUGGGAUUAUCCGACAACGGCUUUCACUCGCGGACGACCAAACCGACGAAGUCGAAUGGCUUGCCAGGUUCCUGAACACCCUCGCUAUGCUUAAGAAGCCAUACUUGGCAACCCACACGAAUAAGAUUUGGGAUCUUGAAUUUCACACAUUCCUUGGAACCGCUCUCGAACCUCCUCCGUCCGUCUCUUCGUUAAACACACACGCACGCACCGAGAACAUCGAAACCUUCGUAUCAUCGGUCGAUCGUCGAGUUUUAGUUUACAAGCAAACAAAAUGGAGCUAUACAGACAAGCACACACACCCGGUUGCUUAACCAGCCGGAUGGGUCUAGUUGCAAACUUAUCAAAAUCGAACACCUUAAUAAACACAAAUGUGUUCUGACAUGCCUUUUUGCACAGAUUCAAAGAUUUUGCACACCGUGCCCGCUCGUUCUGCCUCAUUUACGUGCCUGCGCCAACCGUUCGCAACCAGAGAGAAAAGAAAUGUGAGCCAAAUAAGAACAAGC